UAGUCUCGAGUAAAUUAGAAAAGUAAAUUAGAAAGCAAAGCAAUAAUUUAGCGUAAUUUUUAAGUCCCGCCAACAACAGCAGCAGCAGCCCCAAACAUACAAUAUAUUCCCAAAGUGCAGCUGAGCCGCACAGAGAACGCUGAGAACGCGACGCGGCUAAAUUGUGAAUUGCAAUUGGAGUUUUUGUGUGUGUUUCUUUUUUUUUGUAAACGAAACUACGUCGCCAUUUGUGACACACACGCACACACACUAUCAAACCAACACACACACACACACCCAGAGAUCUCUGAAAAAACCGAAAUAUACAGUGUUUUGUUGGUGGCUGUCUGCUUGUCUGUUUGGUUACGUCGAGGAAUUUUUUUUUUGUUUGUUAUAGCACGCAGCGUGAUCCGUAGUAGUAAAUAGUAAUAAUCAUACACUGACUAAAAAUAAACCACCGUGUAUAACAACAAAAACAUCACCAUCAGUCCAGGAAACGGAGGAGGAGCACAGAACGGAACUUAACCCAACCCAACCCAAGUCUAACCCCAUCAAACCCACGGAAAUUUAAGUUUACCUGUGAUUGAAUCAGCAGCAGCAGCAAUUGCAACAACAGAGAAUAAUGGCCAAAACCUAUGAUUAUCUGUUUAAACUGCUACUCAUUGGCGACUCUGGAGUGGGGAAGACCUGCAUAUUGUUUCGUUUCUCCGAGGAUGCGUUCAAUACAACCUUUAUAUCUACAAUAGGUAUCGAUUUUAAAAUUAGAACAAUUGAAUUAGAUAACAAGAAAAUCAAAUUGCAAAUAUGGGACACUGCCGGCCAGGAGCGUUUCCGCACAAUAACCACGGCCUAUUACAGAGGUGCCAUGGGCAUUAUGCUGGUCUAUGAUAUAACGCAGGAGAAAUCAUUUGAGAAUAUUAAAAACUGGAUACGAAAUAUCGAGGAGAAUGCCUCAGCGGAUGUGGAGAAAAUGCUGUUGGGCAACAAAUGUGAAUUGAAUGAUAAGAGACAGGUUUCAAAAGAACGUGGCGAGCAAUUGGCUAUUGAGUAUGGCAUCAAGUUUAUGGAGACAUCCGCGAAAGCUAGCAUCAAUGUGGAAGAAGCCUUCCUCACACUCGCCAGUGAUAUCAAAGCGAAAACGGAAAAGCGAAUGGAGGCGAACAACCCACCAAAGGGAGGACAUCAACUGAAACUUACCGAGAGCCGGCCAAAGGAUAGUUGGUUGUCCAGAUGCAGUCUGCUUUGACGUGGCAAUGUUCAAUUGGCACUGAUGCGGCAAGGUGGUCAUAAUUCUGAUAAUAUAUGUGGUAGUAGUUUUCUUAACUCUUGUUAAGUUCGAACAACAGCAACUAAACAAAACAAACAACACACAGCAGCAAAAGCAACAACAACAACAACAUCUCCAGGCCCUUUUCUCACCUCCUCUGCUCCUCCUCAAUCCCUACCCAUCAUGCAACAUAAUGGAAAUAUUGUAAUAUUAAACUAUACAUUUAUAAUACCAGCUAUUAUUAAUUAAACGAACAUGACUUGGUGUACGAAAUAUAUAUAUAUAUAUAUAUAUAUAUACGGUAUAUAUACAUAAAUUAUACAGUUAUCGAGAAAGCAGUAUAAUUAAAAUUAAGUUUCCAAAAUGAAUGAAUAGCAACCGAUGCAAUGCAAUGCAAUCUAAUCCAAUUCAAAGGAAAAACUAAAACCCAUCAAAUCCGAACCAAUUUAAUCCAAUCUGCAUUCAAUCCUAGUCCAACCUCCUCUAACUCGAAGAUUAUUAUUUGGUUGUUGUCAAUUUGUGUAAUUAAUUACUUGUAAAAUAAAUAUAUGUAUAUAUUAUAUGCAUAUCAUUUAGUUUCCUUGGUUCCUUUUUGCUCAAUCGAUUCAAUCCCUCCUCGUCCUCCCAUCCUCUUUGCCAUUUUGUUAAGCGUAUAAAUAUAUAUAUAACUAAAUAUAUAAUUUAACACACACUCACACACAUAAACAAGGUGUUCAGACGCACAAUUCCAAUAUUCCUGUUCCUGUUUAACUCCUUGUCCUCUCUCCUAAUCCUCGUGCACUCUAAUAUUGAUGGAUUGACCAUUCCGUUUGAUCCGUUUCCUAGCCAUGCGGGUGCUUACAUCUCACUCCCUGCCUUGUCUCCUUUCCCUUUCUCUAUUUCUUCACAUACAUUUCAUUUUCUUAAUUUCUAGUUUUUACUGUAUUUAUUGCUCUCGUUUAUUUGCCACACACAACACACACACACAUAAACAAACAGAAUAAAGCGUUAUUUCUAAUAAAAAUAUAUAAUAAAUGUACGAAA